CUUCGGCGUUAUACGAUCUUUGAAAUAAAUGUUCAGCUUUUCAGAUUAAACGACACCCGGUAAACCCCAACGGGGAGAGCAAGCCACAGGCCAAAGCUGCAAUCCGAUUGGUUGCCGCGCGUCAUGCAUAACGUAUGUACUACACGUGCAUGAAUUAUCAAUAGCCUAGAUAUUGACGCAAACUACACUUACCCUGUUCCACUAUAGGCCUUUUCCUGUGAUGUCACAAUCGUGCUGGACCGCGAUGUGUUGUGAUGGUAAUGAUGCAUAGUGUUGUGAUGGUAAUCUACUUAUUCAAGAUAAAUUAGUCAAGCAUGUAGCGUUCGCAUGUGCGCUUGUACGUGGCUGAAGCUGCCGUAAGAAUUAUGCGAUCACCGUGGCCAAGGCGGUCAACGUGUGACGUGUGGUAUAUUAAACGCAAUCCAGCCACGUUGGUGAAAAAGGGUCCACACGUACAUUGUUAUGGCCAGGAAAUUUCGUUGAAUUAAAUACUGCAAUACUUCAUGCCGGCACGGUUUUCUGCUCAUGCUACAACAUGCGUUAAAUAUUGUGACACAGAUCAACUCAAAAAAAUUGUCAGAAUGGAAACCUUCGCCGCGGUGAUCUUUGCUAGCAAGAUCGUGUUCCAGAUUUAAAGGUACCCUGGUACUCGCAGUGAAACCAGUUGUCAACUUUCAUCAUGGGAUGGAAACUAGCGGCCACCGUACUCCUUCUAGGGCUUGGUAUCGCCUACAUGAGUGGUCUCUUCAGCUCGCCACCUGAUCCGCUAGAAAUUGGCGAUGGAUGGUGGGGACGAGGUGACAAGCCUAAGAAGGAAGAGAAUACGUCAGUUUAUAGAUUCAACAUUCAUUUCCCAGACGGGGACCUGGCAAAUCUAAAAGAGCGCCUUAGGAAAACUCGAUGGUUCGAGAGUGUCGAAGGUACCAAGUUUCAUUUUGGUAUCAAGCCCGAGUACAUGAAGAAAAUAGUGGACUACUGGCUGAACAAAUACGACUGGCGCAAGAAAGAGCAAGAGCUGAACCAGUAUCAAAGUUACAAGACAAAUAUCGAGGGAAUCGACAUCCACUUCGUGCGAGCCGUGCCGAGACUGAAAGUGGGACAGAAGGCUAAGCCCAUUCUAAUGGUCCACGGCUGGCCGGGUUCCUUCUACGAGUUCUACAAGAUAAUUCCCAUGCUGAUUGACCCCACCCGUCAUGGAGGGACUGAGGAUGAUAUCUUUGAGGUCAUCGUUCCUUCCUUGCCUGGUUAUGGCUUCUCAGAGGCUGCUCACAAACAAGGCUUAAAUGCCAGGGCCGCCGGCCGUAUAUUCCACAAGCUUAUGACUCGUCUUGGAUUCGAUAGCUACUACGUCCAGGGUGGUGACUGGGGCUGCGUUGUGGUGGACCAAAUGGCAGGCAUGUUCCCCAAUCAUGUCCGCGGCAUCCACGUGAACACGAUAUUCGUCCAGCCGCCUAUGAGUCAAAUUAUCUUGGGCAACCUGUUUCCAUCCCUGGUGCUGGAGAACGAAGGCUACGCAAGGUCGCUGCCAAGCAGGGAAUGGCUGAGAUAUGUUCUGAUGGAGACAGGGUAUAUGCACAUACAAACCACCAAGCCGGACACAGUCGGUCACGCUCUGACCGACUCCCCAGUCGGACUGGCCGCCUACAUCAUUGAAAAGUUCUCGUCCUGGACAAACUACGACUGGCUUGACUUGGAUGACGGCGGGCUCGAUGCUCAUUGGUCCAAAGACGAUUUGUUAACUGAUGUCAUGAUCUAUUGGAUGUCUGGAUGCAUAACGUCUUCUAUGCGCCUCUACAAAGAGACCUUUCCAAUUCUGAGAUCGUUGGGCAAUUUCCUAAACACCGUGCCCGCAGGUUUGGCUGAUCUGCCGAACGAGGUGAUGCGAGCGCAGAAGAACUGGGCGUCCAAACACUACACAGACAUUGUCUCCUACAAGACUUACCCAACGGGUGGCCACUUCGCUGCCUUCGAGGUACCAGACCUACUCGCAAAGGACUUGCGGCAAUUCGUGCAAAAGGUGGAACAGCGCCUGCUCAAUAAUUUGAAAACAAAGUAAUGAAAACAAAGGAGGAUGAUAUCCGGUAUAUGCUGUAGUCUUGUAAAUCUACCAUCUACGUCUACUUCAGCGCAGAGCAUUGCACACUCACGUGCGCAAUAUUGACAAAUGAGAAACGUGGUAACAAAAGACAAUGGCUGUAGUUGCCGUAUACAGGCACAGUCCAUACGGUAAUGUUAUCGUAGUGAUGCAUGCAUUGAAAAUGUUUUCGUUUAAAUUUACUUUUAUACAUGUCUGAAUGAGAUGAUUAUGAACGCUGAAUAGUGGAGAUUGUCGCCCAUUAUUACCAUUUUGUCUUUGUACUUCUCUUGAUAAAUAAUUACGUUUUAGUUUUUAGCUUUUUUAUCUUUUAGUCUAUGUAAAGUGUUUCUUAUAAUCUUUUAUCUUUUAUCAUUUUAUCCGGGGAGUGAGUUUAAAGGACCUUAAAGUCCUCUGGUUUGCAGUGUACCAAGCAUACACAUGCACAUCUUGUUACUUGAAAGUAAAAUUGUUUUAGCAUAAGCAUUUUGUCAUUGAUAUACAGACAUGACAGAGCUUCACUGGUUUUGCAUAUAGAGUUUGUUGCAGUAAAAUCGUGUUGUGUUAAUUUCCGGCCACUUCAGAAUAAGUUGUACAAGAUGGAAUAUUUUAAAGAUGAAUCAUAUUGGCAAUUCACAACUUCCAUUUUGUGUGAAAUGUAGUUAUAAUGCAAUCUAGAAGGCAAAACUAAAUAAAGAUUGCUACUGACGUCAAAAGCACGAGUUGAAGCCCUA